AUGAAGGGCAUCGAAAUCUCACAUUCCGGGCUCCGCCCCAGUGAAUGUGACAAGGAAUACAACACCGCCAACCCCCGUCCAUCCCCUUCCGCGUCCACAAUGUUCUAUUCCUCGGACGAAGAUGUAGAACGAAGCGGAACUAUCAAGGACAUCUCCGCAUGCGAUGUCAAGAUGGUAAACGAUAUUGACGGCCCCCCUCCGGAUGGAGGCUGGCAGGCGUGGAUACAAGCCAUGGCGGCUCACCUUGUCGUCAUGAAUACUUGGGGCACCAUCAACUCCUUCGGCAUAUUCCAGACUUUCUACCGAAGCUACCUCUCCCGGCCCGCGUCCGACAUAAGCUGGAUUGGUUCCAUGCAAGUCUUCUUCCUCUUUGUCGUGGGCGUUCUCACCGGCCGCCUCACGGACGCCGGCUACUUUCGUGUCGUCUUGGCCAGUGGGUCCACGAUGGUGGUGGUUGGAAGUCUAAUGGCUUCCUUCGCAACAGAGUACUGGCAGCUCUUCCUCUCUCAGGGAGUUUGCAUUGGUCUUGGCAUGGGAGGACUGUUCUGCCCUGCCAUGGCUGUUUUGUCAACGUACUUCAAGCGGCGACGCAACUUGGCCAUUGGGAUCGCCAUCAGCGGCUCAGCUACCGGAGGCAUGGUUUUCCCCGUCAUGGCGCGCCAGCUCCUACCCCAGAUUGGGUUCGGUUGGACUAUGCGUGUGAUGGCGCUGGUCCAGCUCCUCACAUUGGCCGUCGCCAACGUCUUUAUGAGGGCGAGGGUAAGACCGAGACGAGCAGGCUCGCUUAUUGAGCUCUCUGCAUUCAAAGAACGGCCAUAUUUGCUCUUCACUAUUGGCAUGUUCUUUAACUUUUGGGGUGUCUACUUCGCCUUUUACUACAUCGGCCCGUUCAGUCGCGACAUCUUGUCCUUUUCCUACGAUAGUUCGAUCGAUAUACUCAUGAUAAUGAAUGGUGUGGGAGCCAUUGGCCGUGUGAUACCCGGAUUUCUCGCGGAUCUGUUCCUUGGCCCCCUCAACGUCGUCACGCCGGCUGCUGCAGUCUGCACUAUCCUUCUAUUUUGCUGGAAUGCAAUUAAAACAGCGCCUGCACUGUACGUCUGGGCUGUCCUAUAUGGAAUAUUCGGCGCUACAGUUCAAGGUCUCUUCCCAGCCGCACUGUCGUCGUUAACAACCGACCUACAGAAAGCGGGGACAAGGAUGGGAAUGGUCUAUUCGAUUAUCAGUUUCGCCAACCUGACAGGCCCUCCAAUCGCUGGCUCUUUGAUCAAGGCCGGCGGAGGACGGUAUACAUUCGCAUUCGUGUUCGGGGGUGUCUGCCUGUUUCUAGGAACUUCGUUCUUGGUUGCUUGCCGCAUUGCCAAAGGAGGACGUGGGCUAGCAAAAGUAUAA